GUUUGGGUCGGUUCGCACGCGGGCAGCUCGGGGAUUUUUUUUUAAUUCUCUUUUGGUUUCGUGUCGUUACCUAAAAGUCCCGAACAGCAGCGAGACGGUCAUAUAUCACUUCCUGAGUGAGUCAGUGACCCGGCAGACACUCUUGUUCGACUCUUCUUGAGGAGAUGACACGCUUGGAAAACACACUUGUCUCCUGUUCCAUUCUUAGCGGGCAGAGCUGUUUCCUGAUGCGCAAGAGGCGGCGGCAGAUGUUUGACUUCCUGGGCGGGGGCGCGCUAUGAGACCCAGUUAGUGAGUGAGUGUGAGUGAGUGUGUGUGUGUGUUAGCGAGCCCCACUAGAGCGUUAAAUAGACGGGAGCCGCGGAGGAGCCCGUCGGUGGAUGGAUGCGGGACGAUUGCAACACGCGAACCCUCUGAUCACGUGCUCUCCUCGCCGGGACUGUCGUGCCCUCUGACCUCCCGAUGACGGCGGACAUCUCAGCCUAGUUGGACCUUCUUCGGUGUUUUGAGGAAAUCAUCUGAUCGCUGUGAUCUGCUCAGACGGAUGGAGAGGCGGUGGUGAUCAGUCAGCUGAGGAGCCUCGGGAAAACAUGUGAGAGGAGAGAAGCCCUGCUCGGUCACAUGUUGGCUCGGUUUGACAGUUCUAUCUGAACCUUGGCUGCUGAGUCAGAGCUGGCUCACCCCUCUCUCUCUCCACCUGUGAGGAGCAUCACAAGUCCUGAGCGUCCGACACAGUCGCCACUGACUGCCCUGCUCUGCCAAGACAAGCCAGUCUCCACUCCUCUCCAGGCCAGUCAGCACCAUGAAGCUCGCCCUGCUGGCGGUCCUGGUGCUCUACAUGGUGGGCAGAGGGAGCAGCAUGUCCACGUGUAAGACGCUGGACUUGGAGAUGGUGAAGAAGAAGAGGAUCGAAGCCAUCCGGAGCCAGAUCCUCAGCAAGCUGCGACUUCCCAAGGAGCCGGAGUCGGAGCGCACGGCGGACGAGGAGGAGAUCCCCACCGAACUCCUGUCCCUCUACAACAGCACCAAGGACCUGCUGAAGGAGCAGCAGGCUCAAGUCCAGACCGAAGUGUCCACGGAGCAGGAGGAGGAGGAGUACUUCGCCAAAGUUCUUCACAAGUUCAACAUGACCGCCAGAAACAACUCAACAAUCAACCAGAAUUCCAAGACCAUCCCCAUGCACUUCGACCUCUCGGAGAUCCGGGCGAGUGUCGGGGAUCACGGGCUUCUGACUAGCGCCGAGUUACGGAUGCUCAUCAAGCAACCCACGAUUCUUUCCGAGCAGCGAGUGGAGCUGUACGAGGGAGUCGGGUCCUCAGCCCGCUACCUCACGUCCCGCUUCAUCACCAACCAGUGGCGGGACAAGUGGCUGUCGUUCGACGUGACGAAAACCCUGAGGACGUGGCUCCAAGGCUCGGAGGACGAGCAGGGAUUCCAACUCCGGCUGUUCUGCGAGUGUGACCAGACCACGGCGGACAACACUUUCAGAUUCUCCAUUUCUGGAAUCGCCAAUAAGAGAGGCGACACGGGGCCGUUACUGAUGAGAACGCAACAACCGCCAUACCUAUUGACCAUGUCCAUCCCUCAAAACGUCAGCAGCCCUCAGACGUCGUCGCGCAAGAGACGCGCCACAGACGUGAGGGACACCUGCACCUCGCAAACAGAAAGCUGCUGCGUGCGGAGCUUGUACAUCGAUUUUCGGAAAGAUCUGGGCUGGAAGUGGAUUCACAAGCCGACAGGUUACCACGCCAACUACUGCAUGGGCUCCUGCACCUACAUCUGGAAUACCGAAAACAAAUAUUCCCAGAUUUUGGCCUUGUACAAGCAUCACAACCCGGGAGCAUCUGCGCAGCCCUGCUGCGUUCCUCAAGCGCUGGAGCCGCUUCCCAUCCUCUACUACGUGGGUCGGCAACACAAGGUGGAGCAGCUGUCCAACAUGAUCGUGAAGUCCUGCAAGUGCAGCUAAAACCUCCACAACUCAGACUGUUUGAAGGCGCUCCGGCCAUCACCUUGCUGGAGGACAACCAUGAACUUCUUCGACAUCGAAGAGACUUCUACUGUAUAUAGGACUUUUUACGCAGUAAAAUAUCUUCCUCUAAAUUUAUUAAUUUAUUUGUUGGAACUCCAAAGGACGCUCACACCUGUACAUACUGUACUCUGGGAAAGAUGUUGCCUGAGGACAAUCGAUGGACGUAGCUCAAAAUGUGGCUCUUCUUGGAAGCAUAAAAGGAAUUUGACUUUGGUUGCUACAGAGUGAAUCAAGUCCAGGCCUGGGAAAAAAAAGCUUUCUUCAGAGACCUGCGAAAACAUGGGACCACCACAGGGACUGACGGAGGAUUGGACCGGGGCCACAUUGUUGUUCCACUUUGUUUAUUUUCCUAAAACCACACGAUGACUCUCUUUUCUUUACGUAACUGAAUGCAUUCCGUGCUGUCACGGCUGUGACUAACAUCAGCGGCUGAAUAAGUGGUGAUGGCCUGUUUUCUCUCUCCGGAGAGUGACGGUCGACUUGUUUUCUCUGGUUUUCAGUGGCAGUUCUUGAUGCUCGGCGGAAUACACACAUUUGUUUUAAUCACUGUGCUUCUUUAGGGCUCACUUGUUGCCUUCACUCUCUUCUGACGACUUGCAGCUUUCACCAGAGAACUGGUGACAUCAGCGUCUGAAUGUAAACAAGUGAAUAAAAAGUGAUGUUGAAUGAUCUCUGUGGGACAACUGUGACAGGAGGAUGGUUUGAGUUGUCUUCACCAAAAAGAACAAAUCAGUUUUUAAGAAAUGUUUUGUUUAUCUUCACUAGAAUUUAAAGGUUUGGAGGAUUGUUUCAGCUAAAUCUAGUUCCAACAACUGUCGAUUCAGGGCUUGUGGGACGAGUCGUCUCAACUUCUGACACUCUACAGUCAGAAAGUACUUGAGAGUUGAAGUGUUUGCUAGAGACGCAUCUAGAUGUCCGAUCAUCACAGUAGAUCCUGGGGAAAUGUUCAGACGCCAUCUUGAAAGGCAGACACACAGAAACAGCUACGAGUCAGUGGUUAGCGGCCGUUGACGCUCCGUGCAGAGCGGAAUCUCUGUGAG